CUUUCUUCUCUAUAAAUAUCCACACUCACUUAGCUUGUAUAGGAAAAAAAAAUCAAUAUAAUUUCAAUUCGAAAAACCAAAAACAAAAAAAAAACAAAAAAAAAAUGGCUGGAAAAAACACCAUAUUUGCUUUGGAAACUAUUGUUUUAACCAUUCUAAUUUUUAUCAUCCCUCGAGUUUUUUCUGAUGAUUCAAUCCCAAUUCCAGCUGAUAAAUCACAAUUAAAUAGUUGGUUUGAUGCAAAUGUUAAGCCAUUAGAUACAAGAAAAGAUACUUUGGACCCUGCCCUUGUAGCUGCUGAGGCUAAUAAAUCUAUCAUUAAGGUGAGGGCAGAUGGGAGUGGUGAUUUCAAGACUCUGACGGAUGCCAUCAAAAGCAUUCCAGAAGGGAAUAAAAGAAGAGUUAUUAUUUCAAUUGGAGGAGGAAAUUACACAGAAAAAGUCAAAAUUGAGAGGUCAAAGCCUUUCAUUACAUUAUAUGGAGACUCUAAGAAUGUCCCAAAUAUUAUCUUUAAUGCAACUGCAAAAGAAUAUAAUACUGUUGACAGUGCCACUGUGAUCGUUGAAUCAGAAUAUUUCAGCGCCGUUAAUAUCAACUUUGUGAAUUCUGCACCAAGACCAGAUGGGAAAAGGGAAUUAGCACAAGCAGCAGCAUUGAGGACAGGAGGAGACAAAGCAUCAUUAUAUAACUGUAAAAUGUAUGGAUUUCAAGACACCUUUUGUGAUGAUAGCGGCAAGCAUUUCUUCAAAGAUUGCUAUAUUGAAGGCACUGUUGAUUUCAUCUUUGGCAAUGGAAAAUCCUUAUAUCUGAACACAGAGAUGCAUGUAAUUCCAGGGGAUCCAAUGGCAAUGAUCACAGCUCAUGCAAGGGCUGUGGACAAUGUUGACAGUGGAUAUUCUUUUGUGCAUUGUAUGAUCACUGGAACAGGAAAUACAGCAUAUUUAGGAAGGGCAUGGAAGCCUUUCUCCAAAGUUGUUUUCUCAUACACUGAUAUGAGUGAUGUUGUUCAUCCUGAAGGAUGGUCUGAUAAUGGCAAAACAGAUUAUGACAAGUCGGUAUAUUACGGGGAAUACAAUAGCAAAGGAGCAGGAGCAACUAUGAAUCGUAGAGCUGGAUAUGUGAAGAAAUUAACUGAUGCAGAGAUAAAACCUUUUAUAUCCCUUGGCUAUAUUGAAGGCUCUAAGUGGCUGCUUCCUCCUGUAGCACUUUAGAUACUAUUAGGAAAUUAUAAGGACAUAGAAUUAAUGGUCCUAGCAAAAAAAAUUAGUUUAUUUUCUUGUUUUCAUUUUUAUUUUAUUAAUUUCUCAAUUUUUCAUGUAGCCCAUCCCAACUAAUAUGGGAUUGAGGCGUAGUUAUGAUUUCCAAAUUUUGACGUAGCCGAUCUCAAUUAGUUUGAGAUUGAGAACUAGUUAUUAUUUUUAUUUUUUGUGUAAAUUUUUAUGAUUAUCAAUAAAGAU